AUGAGCUACACUUCACGCUACUCCAGUUCAUACAGUAGCCGUUAUGGUGAUACGGGACGCGAUUCAUCUAGCCGUUAUGGAAGUUACUCAAGCCGUUACUCAAAAGAUUUAGGCAGUAGUGAGGAGUAUUCCUCACCGCGUGAGUCAAAGUAUGCCUCCAGCUACAGAACCAGGACUUAUGAUACAUUGGAAGAUGAUGAUUCUCACAAGAAAUCGGUAGAGGAUGAGGUCGAUUCUGCCAAAGACUACUCGUCCAGUCGCUAUGGAAAGUACUCAAGCCGUUAUACAACUAGUAAAGACGACACUGGUAGUGACGACUACUUGGGAACGCGGGAGUCCAAAUACUCAUCAAGUUAUAGAUCUAAGUAUCGCGACACAACAGAAGAUGUAGAUGAACCGGUGAAAGCAGUUGCAGAUGACUAUGAACAUGACUAUUCUGAAAAGCGUCCAGAGGAAACAAAGGAGAAAAAACUAUUGAAACAGGAAAGUGAAGAGAAAGAGGAGGAGCUGGAAUAUCAACCCGACGACACGAAUUUGGAAGUGGCUAGUGAAGAUGUUGAGGAAUAUGCUGCUGAAGAAGAAGAAGCCGAAGUACCCGAGGAAGACGAAGUUGCACAGGUUAAUGAAGGCGUAAAAGAAACAAUACGAUCUCACGCGUCAUCUGUGUCAUCAUCGGUCCCCGCUGGCGCCGCCGAAAUCGAAGAGAAGCCGAAACGUCAAAUUGAGCACAAGGUUCCAUUCUCACCUUCAACUGACAAUUCUGAACCCCGUUUCCCGAAAACGCCUAUAGAGAAUAUCGUACCGAAAAAACGAGUUUCCGACCUUAUCGCCAGAUUCAACACUGGGAACAUUACAAAUGGACGCAGCGAACCAUGGAAGGACAAGGGUACGUUGCCCAAACGGAACCAGUACAACUUUUCUCAAAUAACAUUUCCUUCUGUGUCAAACAUCACUUCACUGUUAAGCUUGUUUGAGCCUUUACAUACCAGAUGUAAUUUAUGUUCAAAUCUAGCCCGGUUUCUAGAACCCCUGCUGCACCCUACGGGAUCCGUUAACAGAACUGAUCGUCUUUCAAUUCCGAGUAUGGGGUGUGGUCGUAUGUCUUGA